AUGGCGGUAUGGCUGCAGCUGGCGGCCGUCGUGUGGGCGGCGACCGCUGCCGCCGCAUGGCGGGAGCCUGUGGUGUGGAGGCCUGGCAUGAUCGGAGCCGAGAAUUGUGACAACAAACAUGGUAAGGGUGGUGGUGGCGGCGGGGUAGGCAUUGGUGCUGGUGUAGGAGGCGGGGCAGGAGGUGGAAUAGGUGUUGGUGGAGGAGGUGGUGCUGGAGGCGGGUUAGGAGGCGGUGUAGGUGUGGGAGGUGGCACAGGGGGCGGCAUGGGCGGUGGUGGUGGAUUUGGAGGAGGAGGUGGUGUAGGUGGUGGCAUUGGUGGUGGUUCCGGAUUUGGCGGUGGAGCGGGUGCAGGUGCUGGUGGUGGAGGUGGCCUUAGUGGCGAUGGGAGGCUCGGAGGUGGAGGUGGGUUUGGAGCUGGUGGCGGCGGUGGUUUCGGUGGCGGUGGUGGAGUAGGAGUUGGUGGUGGGGCUGGUUUUGGAGUAGGAGCUGGCACGGGAGGAGGACUUGGCGGAGGCGCUGGACUUGGAGGAGGUGGAGAAGGAGGAGGAUUGGGCGAUGGCGGUGGAGUGGAGGUGGUGUCGGCGGUGGGUUUGGUGUUGGUGGGGGCGCGGGAGGGGGCCUUGGUGGUGGCGCUGGAGCUGGAGCUGGCGGUGGGAUGGGUGGUGGCGGGGGCAUCGGGGGUGGCUUUGGAGGUGGCGGGGGCUUUGGUGGUGGCACGGGAGCCGGUGGUGGGUUCGGUGUCGGAGCUGGAGCAGGCGGUGGGAUCGGAGGUGGUGGUGGAGGUGGACUUGGAGGAGGAGCAGGAGGAGGACUAG